AUGGCUUCAUCCAGCUGCUACAAUUCCCCUUGUGCUGCUUGCAAAUUCCUUAGGAGAAAAUGUCUGCCUGGUUGCAUCUUUGCACCUUAUUUCCCACCUGAGGAGCCACACAAAUUUGCCAAUGUCCACAAGAUUUUCGGGGCCAGCAAUGUGUCCAAGCUUCUGAAUGAGCUCCUCCCUCAUCAGAGGGAGGACGCGGUCAACACUCUGGCCUAUGAGGCCGAGGCCAGAGUGAGAGACCCCGUUUAUGGUUGCGUGAGCGCGAUCACCUUCCUCCAACGCCAAGUCGAGCGCCUCCAGAAGGAGCUCGACGCGGCUAACGCGGACUUAAUGCGCUACGCUUCUGGCAAUGACAUGUCAAGUGCACCAUUGAUUGGCCCUCAUCAUCAACAAGAAAUUGGAUCAACACUUCAUAACAUGGCACUUAGUAGGAGAAUGGGGUAUGAUCAUCAUGGAGGAGGUUAUUUCCCUUAUUCUCCAUCAUCAUGGAAUGAUCAAAACCCUUCUGGAGGAGGAGGAGGAGGAGGAGAAAAUGUGUGAGCCUAAAUUAUAGAGGGUUCAAGUUUCUUGGAUCAUUUAAUUUCCUUUCAAGGGUUUUCUUGAACCUCUUGGGGGAAAAAAAUAUUAUUGUGUGCUAUUUAAGUACUGCUACUACUACUAGUGUGCUAUGGUUUUCUAGCUAGUCCUCGUCACAUGCAACUUCCUAGCUAGACCAUUGGGUAAGUAUGGCGAAAAUUUGGGUUUUUUAAAGACUUUUAGUAGUUGUGUGCUGCUUAAAAAAAGCCUUUCUCUAAGUAUUUUAUGGCUCUAUUGUGUCAUAUUCAGAGAGUCUAGUAAAAAUGUCGAUGUGAAGUGUCCUAUUUUGUGGGAUUUGUUUAUGGUUAUUGAUAGUAAUAAAUAAAUUAUUUAAUAUUUAAUUU